CGACUCGCUUGUGUCAUUAUAAAAUCCAUCAGGCAACACUCUGCUCUUGCGCAGAUUGUUUCAUUCAUUGGAUUUUAGUGGUUCAGUUGAGUUGACGCCUCAGUGAAAAAGUCGUGAAAAGUGUGAAAACUCGUGAAAAAUUAAGUAACUGAAAAGACAGGAUGGCCGAAACUGAGUCAGUCCCGCACCACAACGGCAUAGACACGAUAGCCGAAGAGGAAGAAUGCAACAAAACUCGUCCGGCCGACAUUGAGGCCGAUAUGCGCGAAAUGGAGCGCCGCAAACGGGUGGAGGCCAUCAUGAAUUCCCGCCUUUUCCGUGAAGAGCUCGAGCGGAUCGUCGAUGGUCAAAUACGCGAGGGUGGUCCGUCCAGCAUUCUGCAGCAGCUGUCCGAGGUCAUGGGCGUGCCGGCGGCUCGCAUCGGCAGCGUGUUCAAGAGCUCCAACUGCGUCGUACCGAUCAACGACAUCCGCGGCAUGGAGGCGAUGGGCUACGAAAAGGGCGAAAAGAUUCUCCGCUGCAAGCUGGCGGCCACGUUCCGGCUGAUUGACCUGUACGGUUGGGCCAAGGGCAUCGGCAGUCUGAUCACGGCCCGUCUGAACGCCGACCAGGAGCUGUUUCUGGUUAAUCCGUACGGUGUGCUAAACCACGAGAUCACCGCGUCCUCGCUUAACAAGAUUAACAUGCAGGGCCAGAUUGUCGAGCAAGGGACCACCAAUUUCGGCGUCAACACUAGUCAAUUUACAUUGCACUCCGUGAUCCACGCCGCUCGACCUGACAUUAGAUGUGCAAUAUACGUGGGAUGCAAUUCGGUGGUCGCCGUUUCGGCCUUGAAGCAAGGGUUGCUGCCGCUCACCAAGGACGCCGCUAUGCUUGGCGAGUUGUCCGUUCAUAAUUACACCGGAGCACUUUAUGAACCCGAGGAGAAGGACAAGCUGUUGAGAAGCCUUGGACCGGUGUCCAAAGUGUUGCUGCUCUCCAACCACGGUGCAAUCUGCUGUGGUGAAACCGUCGAGGAGACAUUCUACGCCGUUAACCAUAUUGUUGCCGCCUGCGAGGCCCAACUCAAGCUGAUGCCGGUGGGGCUGGACAAUCUGAUCUUGAUCCCGGAGGAAACGCGCAAGGCCAUUUACGAUGCCUCGCGUAAGCCGCCAGAGGGCGUUGCAUCCGCCGUUGCCACGGCCGACAACAGGGAGCGUCAGCAGGUACCCAAAUGGCGGGUAGGUGGUGCUGAGUAUGAAGCCCUUAUGCGCAUGCUGGACAAUGCCGGCUUCCGAACCGGCUACAUCUACAGAAACCCGUUGGUGAAGAACGACCUUCCCAAACCGAAAAAUGAUGUCGAAGUGCCUCCGGCCGUUUCAUCGCUUGGCUAUCUGAUAGAGGAAGAAGAGCUGUUCAGACAGGGCAUCUGGAAGAAGGGUGACUUCCGCAAGGGCGGCGACCGUUCCCGUUGGCUAAACUCGCCCAACGUUUACCAGAAGGUUGAGGUGCUGGAGACGGGCACUCCAGAUCCUAAGAAAAUCACAAAGUGGAUUGAUGCAAACGUUGACGAGUGGGUAGCGGAAGCAUCGCCGACACAUUCUUCGACGCCGGUCAAGAUUGACUGCGCUAUGCAGUUUGUUCCCCCCAAUACCAAUCCGAAAGAGUUCAAGCGAAUCCAGCAGCAGAUUAAGGACUACCGGAGGGCUGACAAGAUUUCGGCCGGACCGCAGUCGCACAUCCUCGAGGGCGUAUCCUGGGACGAGGCAAACCGGAUGAAGGACGCCAACGUUUCGGCCACCGGUGACCACGUCGUCCUCAUGGGAGCCGCUUCCAAGGGUAUCAUCCAGCGCGGGUACCAACACAACGCCACGGUGUACAAGGCACCGUACGCGAAGAAUCCGUUCGAUUCCGUUACCGAUGACGAGCUGAACGAAUACAAGAAAACGGUCGAAAAGAAGCGACAUGGUGAUUAUACCGACACAGAUUUCUCCGAGUCCGAAGCGUUGAGCUCUCUCCAAAUCUCGGACAAGCCCAAGAACCAGCCCAUGAGCCCUCCAAGCCAGUCCGAGCCUGAAACUGACACUGCCGCAGAACACCAGGUGCUUAGAAUAGAAACAAAGCAGGUCCCCAAGCCUAGUCAACCGGAAGUUGUACUGAGCGAUGGCGAACACGUGAAUGGUGACCACUCAGACGCCCACAUGAGCACAUUUUCACACAGUAGCAAAGAGCAGGAUGUAUCCACGGAAGGAUCCCCCAAGAAGGACAAGAAGAAAAAGAAGGGCUUAAGAACACCCUCGUUUUUAAAGAAAAAGAAGGAAAAAAAGCGAAUUGAGGCCUAAACAAAUUUUGCACUCAACGACGAUUUUUAUUAACUUUGAAAUAUAUAUUAUAUCCCUUCCUUAUUAUAACUCCCCCUCCUAUCUGGAACAUAAUGAGAGAGAGAGAAAAAAAAGUAGAAGAAAACGAAGAAAUAUGUAACGCAUGUAAAGAAGAAAUUCAUUGAUAUAACAUCGUCGUCACCUAGAGAGAUAGGCGAUAUUCCUAUUGUAGCGGUAAUCACGACGAUAGAAAGAAACAGUACUGACUGUCUAGCACACUAAAUACACAUUUAGAUUUUCACCCGCAGCUCGUAAGACUUGUUUGAUUUUUUUGUGGGGAAAAUCUACAGAUAAAUCGACUCGGUUUGGGGUGUGAUUUUACGAGGUCCAGAUGACUAAAUCUAGGUGUGUUCACAAUGAUCAAAAAAUUUUGUGCGUUUCGAGAAUCGUUGAAUCGGUACAUCUCUAUAUAGUGAAGGAUUAGAUAUUAUUACACAACCACAACUCCCUUGUACUGGAUAAAAGAGAUCACAAAAGCGUGUAGCUGCUACCUAUAAUUAUAUGACUUGAUUUGUUUUGUUUUAAAAAUUUAUAAAUUAAGUCAAGUCAAUCAUCACUCUCUCGCUGCUUAUGUUUGCCACAAACGCCUCUAUUGUUGCAUUUCUCUCCUCGAAUUUGCAGAAUAACAACACAAAAAAACAACAAUCCAUUACUUUUUAUCACCAUUUGUAUUUUCCCAGUCGAUGUUUUGCACAUGCGCGCGCGACAAACGAUGCUCAUCAUAGGAAGAAACAUUGUCCCAGUGUUGCUUUUUUUUACGCAGCUACAACCACAUUGCAUAACAUAACACAUUGCCGAAGUCCACACGUCGGCCGGGCGGACGGACGGACCAUGUGUGAAGAAAGAUCAUUAAUAUUAUUCAACAUAAGAAAAACGAUGAGGAAGCACAAAGCUUCACUAAAAAAAACCACUGCGCAUUUUGAGAAAGAAAGAUAAAACAAUGGCAAAAAUCGCUGUCGCUCAGCGAGAAAUAGCUGAACCAAUUUCAGAUCGUAUGCUUCAAAAGUGUUCAAGUAAUGGAAAAAAAUAUAUUCAAUAGAAAUCUACAAGCUGAUUGAUCAUUAA